CCUGUUCCUGUCGCGCGGGGCCGACCCCGAGGUGCGGAACAAGGAGGGCGACUCCCCCCUGGACCUGACCCCGGAGCGCUCCGAGGUUUGGGUGGCGCUGCAGCUGAACCGCAAACUGCGCCUGGGGGCGGCGGGCCGCGCGCUGCACACCGAGCGCAUCGUCAGCAGGGACGUGGCCAGGGGCCACGAGAACGUGCCCAUCCCCUGCGUCAACGGCGUGGACGAGGAGCCCUGCCCCCAGGACUACAAAUACAUCGCUGAGAACUGCGAGACCUCCACCAUGAACAUCGACCACAACAUCACCCACCUGCAGGUGGGCACUGGGAGGGGAC